AUGUUCCGUUUAUUCAAGUCUGAUUUCUUUCAUUUUGAGGCUCUGCGUCUGCUGAGCUUCACUCCCCACGACGGUGGUGAGGUUGCCGAAUUUUUUGAAGCCUUGCAAAACAUUCAAGAUGGGGACGUGGAGAGCUGGUAUUCCGCAUGGGCUGAAGCCGCCAGCAAAGUCGAAGGUUUGGCCGCAGAAGCUGAGCAGGCAGGAAAUCGCAUCACAGCACGGCGAGCCUACUUUCGGGCAUCCAACUAUUUGCGUGCGGCUCAAUUCAUGCUCAACGGCCUCUCAGGCACAGACCAGCGCCUCCUGACUGCUUCGGAGACAGCCAUAUCUAAUUUCUGGCGCGCUGUGACCCUCCUUGACUCCUCCAUCAGACGGAUUGAGAUCCGUUACGAUGAUGGCCUGGUCCUUCCUGGCUAUUUGUGCCUCCCCGAAGCCUCCAAGAGAUUACGUGGGCCGAUACCGCUGCUGAUCCAGACAGUGGGCGCAGACGCGACUCAGGAGGAGAUCUUCUACAUCUUCCCCAUGGCGGCGCUGGAGCUGGGAUACGCGGUCCUUACCUUCGAAGGGCCCGGGCAGGGCAUUUUUCUACGACGCCACAGGGUUCCUUUCCGACCGGAUUGGGAGGCAGUGGUUGGCAAGGUGCUAUAUUUUGCACAAGAAUAUGCACAUCAGCACCAGGAGCUGGAGCUAGACGUGGCGCGGCGUGUAGCUCUGGUAGGGUCCUCGAUGGGCGGCUACCUGGCAUUGCGCGGAGCAGCAGACCCUCGGAUCCAUGCGUGCAUCGCUGUUGAUCCAUUUUACACGAUGUUUGACCUGCUGCGGAGCAGGAUGCCUGCGCCCGUACUGAACACAUUCAUUGCUGGCGGCUUUGUACCCGAUGGGGAUGGGAUUACCUUCGGGCAGUGGAUGCUUGGGGCUUCUGGUGCCGCCGAUCUAUUACGGACCAUGCAGCGCUUUACCUUGUCUGCGCCGGAUGGAUCCCGGUACCUGGAAAAAGUCCACUGUCCGGUGAUGGUGACAGGGGCACGACACUCGCUGUACUCCCCACCGGAGAUAAGCACGCACCGGAUUUACGAGGAAUUAGUGAAUGUUCCAAAGGACCGGAAGCUGAUGUGGGUGGCCGAAGACGUCAGUCAGGGGGGCUUGCAGUCGAAGGUGGGGGCUUUCAAUGUGCUCAACACCAAGGCGUUUGCUUGGCUGGAUCAGGUGUUCGAGAUCGACCGGAAGAUGGUCGUAUAG